AUGGCGUUUCAAGAUGAAUGGCCUUUAAAAACCAAAGACGGGGUUAUAAUAACAAUGGAACAAAUGCCGAUUGAACUAAGGAACAAAAUUGCAAAGUUAAAUCGACAGGAUUUGUUUCCACCAAAAUUUGGCAUAAAUGAGAUUGAAAAACCAGAAUAUAAUCCUGAUGGCACCUUAAAAGAGAAACGAUGGAUGAACUCCUUUAUGGUCUUCAGGAGAGUUUUGGGACUAUUUUACAAAGAUUCAAAUACAGUUUUCAACGGAACGGAACUUUCACAGCUUGCACAAUUAAUAUGGCACGGAGCCUCCGUUGAUGAGAAGAAAAUCUAUACAGGAAUUUCUGCCAACCUGAAGAAAAGAACCUACAACUUGAAUCCUAAUUUUGUAUUUCGUAAGGCUCAAAAGCCUGUUGAUGAGUACAUAAAUUACGGACCUGAAACCUUUGAAAAAAAAGGUAAAAGAAAACAUGAAGAUGAUGAUUAUGGCCAAAGGAACAAGAAGCGCACAAGUAAAAAAGAUACAGAGUCAACAAAUGUUGCCUCUAAUGUAUCAGACAAUGAAUUUAUAUCAAAUACUUCAAAUGUGAAUGUGGUAUCAAAUACUUCAAAUGUGGUAUCAAAUACUUCAAAUGUGAUAUCAAAUACUUCAAAUGUGAUAUCAAAUAUUUCAAAUGUGGAUUUUAUAACAAAUUCAAAUCCCAUUACACCCAAUAUGGAUUCCAUUACCUCCAGUAUGGAUUCCAUUACUUCCAAUACGGAUUCCGUUACCUCGAUGACUCCAAAUACGGAUUCCACUCUUUCAAAUCUUAUUUCAAAUAUAGAUUCAAUUAUAUCCAAUCUAGAUCCGAACGAACAAUGGUUUCCAUACAACGGACAGGAAUUUAAUGACGGAGGACAGUAUCUACAAAAUAAUAUAUCCAAUACUGAUUCCACUGCUGAUGCGGCAUUAUGGUCUCAAAGUUUUGAAGCUACCGUGGAUCCAUUUUCCGAAAACGCUUUAUAUCCAGGUGCAAUAAUGUGGGGCCAAAAUGGAAUGAACUUUUUCACAACUUACGAAACUCAGGGUUCUUGCGAGUUCCCAGGUUUAGAAGGAGAUUUUGACAACGAAUGCUGUGAAAUUACAGAAUUAAAAACUUUUAAUACUGGUUAUUAUUAG